AUGGAUUCACCAAAAUUAGAGACACUGGUGCAUCUUCUAGCUUCCUUUGCCUUUUUUAUAGUGCUUUUAUUCAUCAUUCCACGAGAAUCAGUUCCUGCUUAUGCCUCCACUCUAGAAGCACAAGCCCUUCUCAAAUGGAAAUCCAGCCUCCAAAACCAAACUCAAUCCACCUCUUCUCUAUUUACAUGGGCUUUCCCUCCUCAAAAUGCCACUGACUCCAACACGAUAGUGGCAAGCCCGUGUGGGUGGUAUGGCAUCUCGUGUAACCUUGCUGGGAGCGUGAUUGGAAUAAAUAUCCCUUGUUCGAACAUCAAAGGUACACUCAAUGAGUUCCCUUUCUCGUCUUUGUUGUGUCUCACCUAUAUAGACUUGCACCAAAAUGAACUCUUUGGCCAUAUUCCGCCUCAAGUCAGUCUUUUAACCAAUCUCACCCUCCUUGACCUCUCAGUCAAUCGACUAUCUGGGAUAAUACCACGGGAGAUUGGUGAGCUCAUGAAGCUUGAGGUGCUUCACCUUCACUUAAAUGAAUUGAAUGGCUCCAUCCCUGAUGAACUAGGUCAGUUAUGCUUGCUAAAUGAGCUUGCCUUGUAUUCAAAUCAUUUGGGUGGAUCUCUUCCUUCUUCCUUGGGUAACUUGAGUAGCCUCGCUAGGGUAUCCAUCUCUAAUAAUUCAUUUUCUGGUUCUAUUCCUCUUGAAAUGGGGAAUUUGACAAACUUGGAGGAGAUUUCCAUGGGUGGCAACUUAUUGAAGGAGCCAAUCCCUCCCACUUUUGGGAAAUUGAUGAAACUAACAGAAUUGCACAUAUUUCGUAAUAAACUUACUGGUUCCAUCCCAGUGGCACUUGGGAACUUGAAACUUCUUCGCCGACUCAACCUAUACCGCAAUAAUCUUACUGGUUCAAUCCCUUCAAUAUUAGGCAAUUUGACAGAGCUUACCCUUUUGUAUUUACUUGACAACGAUCUUUCUGGUAACAUUCCUGAUGAGUUAGGAAACCUCCAAGCUAUGAUCGAACUGAAGUUGAACCAUAAUCAGCUCACCGGUCCCAUUCCUCCUUCUUUGGGCACAUUGCCACGAUCCCUUGUCAAUUGCAAAAGUCUGGAAGUUUUAGAUUUCAGCAACAAUAAGAUCAGGGAUAAUUUCCCAGCAUGGCUUGGAACACUACCUAAGUUAAAAGUUCUUAUUCUAAGGGCCAACAAUUUUAAUGGUUGUUUGGAUCUUCCAAGGGUAGCUUAUCCCUUUCCCAAGUUGCAGAUUUUGGACCUUUCGGACAACAACUUCACUGGUCCUUUACCAGCCAAUUUGAUAGUGAAACUUCAAGGGAUGAUGAGUAUACUAACUGGGCAAGAGCCACAAAACAAAUCAUUGUACAUGAGGUAUCAGACUGGUAUCUCGAACUAUGAGGAUUCUGUGAAAGUGACCAUGAAAGGAAAUGAGAUUCGGCUACAAAGGAUCUUGACCAUCUUCAUAACCUUCGACUUAUCUCUCAACUCUUUGGAAGGAAACAUCCCAGAUGUUAUUGGACAUCUUCAUUUUCUCGUGGGGCUUAACCUUUCCCACAACCACCUCACAGGUUCCAUUCCUCCAACCCUUGCAGACUUGACUAAUCUUGAAUGGUUAGAUUUAUCUACAAACAAGCUUAGUGGGAUGAUUCCUAGAGAAUUGGGUGAUUUGACAUUUCUCGGGUAUUUGAACCUCUCAGAAAACCAACUCACGGGCCGCAUACCUCAAGACAAACAAUUGAGCACAUUCACGAGCGACUCAUAUCGUGGAAAUCUCGGCCUAUAUGGAACCCCAUUACAAAACUCAAGCCAUGAUUAUACUCAACCUCCUCCAGCACCACCAUCUUUCUCCCAAAAGGACAAUACAAAAGAGGAUGCGAGUUGGUUUAAUUGGAAAGUAGUGGGAAUGGGCUAUGCAUCCGGGAUCGUGAUUGGAAUUUCCAUAGCCUACAUUUCAUGGGAAAUUGGAAGACCCAAAUGGCUUGUGAGAAAAAUAAGAGAGAUGGAGAGAAGAGGAGCCAAAUGGAUGAAGAAGUCAAAGUAG